AUGGGGGGAGCGUGUUCUAGGAAGCAAGAGCAGGACAAUGAAGAUAGUCUUACCAGAGGACUAUCACGACGAUAUGGCAAAUGUGGGAGUUUGAAAUGGUGGACGUCCUCUUUUUCUUGUCCAUCUGUUGACUUUCACUUACGAAAAGGAGAAUGCCCACCAUUGUUGGACUUGUGCAUACAGAAAAUAAAUGAGGAUCUUCACUUAGGAGAGUAUGACGGGGUUAAUGAUAAUUGGAUGGGCGUCAUCUCAUCCCAGGGAUCAUCUUUACUUUCUGUAGAUCUUUCUGGGUCUGAUGUCACUGAUUUUGGGCUUACAUAUCUUAAAGAUUGUGAAAGUCUCAUUUCCUUAAAUCUAAAUUACUGUGAUCAAAUAUCUGAUCGUGGACUAGAGUGUAUUAGUGGCCUGUCAAACUUGACAAGUUUGAGUUUUAGACGAAAUGAUUCAAUUUCUGCUCAAGGAAUGAGUGUCUUUUCUGGUCUUGUUAACUUGAUCAAGUUGGAUUUGGAGAGAUGUCCUGGGAUUCACGGAGGCCUCGUUCAUCUUCGAGGUUUGACCAAGUUGGAAUCUCUCAAUUUAAAGUGGUGUAAUUGCAUAACAGAUUAUGAUAUGAAACCUCUUUCAGAGCUUGCUAGCCUGAAAAGUCUAGAGAUUUCAUCAAGUAAAGUCACUGAUUUUGGCAUGAGUUUCCUGAAAGGGUUACAGAAGCUUGCGCUGUUAAAUUUAGAAGGGUGCCUUGUAACAGCUGCUUGCUUGGAUUCUCUUGCAGAGCUUCCUGCACUGUCAAACUUGAAUCUUAAUAGAUGCAAUCUCUCUGACAAUGGAUGCAAAAAAUUUUCACGACUGGAAAAUUUGAAAGUAUUAAACUUGGGAUUUAAUGUCGUAACAGAUACAUGUUUAAUGCACUUGAAAGGAUUGACAAAGUUGGAGAGCUUGAACCUUGAUUCAUGUAAGAUUAGUGAUGAAGGGUUGGUCAAUUUGGCAGGCCAUAAGCGAUUGAACUGCUUGGAAUUGUCUGAUACAGAAGUUGGAAGCAAUGGGCUACACCAUUUAUCAGGAUUGUCUAAUCUGCAGAAAAUAAAUCUGUCUUUUACCAUGGUUAGUGAUGGUGGUUUAAGUAAAUUGUGUGGACUCUCAUCUCUCAAGUCACUUAAUUUGGAUGCUUACCAAAUUACUGAUUCUGGGCUGUCAAACCUUAAAAGUUUGACUGGCCUCACUGACCUGGAUUUGUUUGGUGCACGAAUCACGGAUUUCGGUACAAAUUAUUUGAAAAAAUUUAAGAACCUGAGGUCUUUGGAAAUAUGUGGUGGAGCAUUGACUGAUGCUGGUGUGAAAAAUAUCAAAGAGCUUUCUUCUCUGGUCUGCUUAAAUUUAUCACAAAACAGCAACCUCACAGACAAAACCCUCGACUUAAUUUCUGGGCUCACUGGGUUGGUUUCUUUGAAUGUUUCAAAUUCUCGUAUCACCAAUGCUGGUCUGCAGCAUUUGAAAACACUGAAGAACUUACGAUCUCUGACAUUGGAAUCCUGUAAGGUGACAGCAAAUGACAUGAAGAAACUGAAAUCAAUAUACCUCCCGAAUCUGGUAAGCUUUCGGCCAGAAAUUUACAACCUAUGGUGUGCUGCUAUUUUCUUACUCGGGGAAAGUGAAAUUGAUCUGAUCGACGAAAUGGGGGCCCUGGCAGUGUUGGUGCAAAACAGGUGA